AUGUUGUCGAAUUCGAUUCGAAAAAUCGCGAGAAUCCCAUCAAUUCGUUAUCUAAGUAUCGAUUUUUCUCACGAAAAACCAGCUCCUCAUCAACUCGAACAUGUUCAAACUCGACUUAUCGAAACUGUUCCCCUAAUGUUUCGUCAUCGAAUGGAUUAUACAUUUUAUCGAAAAGAUGUGAUUUGUGAUGAUCAUAUAUUUAUGGUACAAAAAAGAGGAAUUGAACAAUUGAUGAGUCAUUUUGGAAUGAUUGGUACACUUGGACAAGUAUUCUUACCGCAUGUUGAAAUGGAAGUGAUAUCAGCUAUUCCAAUGAUUGAAGAAGGAACUGUUAGAUGUCGUUGGCGUGUGAAAUAUGUUUCGGCUUUUAGAUUGAUCACAAAUCCUAGAUUAUUUCGAUUUGAUUAUCGAUUGAAGAAUUUGAGCUGGUUUGAUGGUUAUUCAGUUUUGACUGUUGAUGGAAAUGGGCAUGUUUAUAAAAUUACUGUGCAGAAGGUUAGAUUUUGAAAUUUGUUGUGAGAAAUUCAUUUAUUUCUAACAAGAUUUCGAAAUAACAUUUGGACAAUUUUUUAAUUUCAAAAGAGUGUUAAAAAAACUAGAAAGUUUAUAGUCUACAAAAUCUAUUUUCGUUCUAAAAAUUACUAGAAAAUUUCAAAAUAUAUCAAUUUAUCUCAGAUAUUUAUUCCUCAUUUCCUCACAAUUUUCACAUGCAAUUAUUUUAAAAUUAUGAAAUGAACAUAAUUUUGGGAAACAUUUGAUUUUCACGUCACAUUUUUAAUUAUUUAGAUUUUCAAUUUUUUUCAUUUCGAAAUAUUUCUUGAAAUUAUAUCACACAUCAAACGCAAUUUCCUUUCAAGUGUCACAAAAAAGUUUAAAUUGUUCCCCAAAACUUCAAUUCCAUUUUGAUUUUGAAUAAUUGCUAGGUGUUAAUUGCUAUUGAAAUAUAUCAUUAGUUUUCACUCACAAUCAGUAUUUUGAAACCAAAAAGUAUAUAGUUUGAUCUGAAAGUUUGAUUAUAACAAUUUUCACAGGCAAUUAAAAAAUGAAAUGAGAAAUCAUUGAUUUUUCACGGCGCAUUUUUAAUUCGAUUUUCUAAUGUUCCCAUUUCGAAAUAUUUUUUCUCAAAAUAAUUUUCCUCUUCCUAUUUUUAUUUGAUAACUUUCUAAAUUCAUUUUUCCAGAUGAUUCAAGACGAUCAAAAAAGCUUGCUCCAAUCACCAACAGACAAAUUGAAACAAAAAUUGGCGACUCUUUAG